AUGAAUGGUGCAGAAAGCAUUGCAUCACAAGGAUUCAUGUCCCAGAUCCGUGCCUGGAAGAGCUGGUGUCAAGAGGAGGAUGCCGCUAUUUACCAGGCUUCGGCAAGAAACAACAAGGGCAUCGUCUCCUGUUCUGGAGUUCUGGAGGUGGGAACCAUGACGGAGUACAAAAUUCACCAAAGGUGGUUCGCCAAGCUCAAGAGGAACGCCGAAGCCAAGCUGUACGAGAUCGAGCAGAGCAGGAAGCGAGGGAAGGAGAACGUAGAGAUGGAGCAGCUGAGACGAGUCAGCCCAGACAGGUUCCAGAGGAAGAGACGGUUGACGGGGGACGUGGGGAUGCGCUCGGGCACCUCCCUCUGGGAUAAAGAGGAAGUAGCCAAGGUGCGGAUUCCGGACGGGAAGGCCUGUUUCGGUGAAGACGAGAAUGCCAAGAACAGAGAGGCUGCUCUGACGGCCCCCACCCUUUUCCCCAACGACUUCAUCGCGGGACAUCUGGAAACGGAAGUGGCCACCGCCAACGGGGACUCUUCCCUGGAAAGCGGGGAGGAAAACGGAGAAAGGAACGACAAUGGCUUCCUCGAAUAUAUUUACGAGACGGUGGGAAUGGUGCCCAAGGAAUUUUCAGCGAAGAAGAAAAAGAAAGAGGAAGAUAAGGAAGCUCCAGUGAAGCCAAGCCAAGAUGUCUCCCAACUGGAGGAUGGCUUGCCACCAAGGAGGAAGGUCUCCAUGCAGAAGGAGGCUGGGCCUGCGGUGUCAUCCCCAAAAGUUGCAUCUCCCGUUGUCAACGGAAGGCCAGUGGAAACUCAACCCCAAGAAAAGUCCCUGCUGCAUUCCCCCACUUCCAAACCUGAGAUGCAUUUUUCGUUGAAAGAGAUGUAUUAUGACGCUGGAGCAAAACCUAAAGUGGAGAAGAAUGUGCCGGAAAGUAAGGAGAAGACCCUUCCCACUGGAGACCGUUCCCAGGUGAGGGACUCUCUUCCGACAACUGUUCAAGCUCUGAAAAGGGCCAAGGCGGAAGAUGAAAGAAACGAAACCCAAAUCAGGCAGAGAUUUAAGGGCGUGGAGAUGAAGCAGGGCGAAACGGAAGCCCCUGGGAUAGACAAGGAAUCGAACCCCCAGCAAUUCCAUCAUCCCAGCCGGGCAGUGGAGCCCACAACAGAGGUCCUGAUGGGACCUAAGGUGGAAUGUCCAAGCGGCAGGGCCCCGGAAAGCGACGUUCUGCAGCCAGACCAAGCUGGCCCACCAAGAGUUGGAAGCCCACCUCUCUUCCCGGAGGAGAAGGAAGGGGAAGUCCUUCUCAUCCGUGAAACGGACUUGCUGGACUCUGCUCUCCCUGAGGCUGGACUUGUGGAUUUGCCCCUGCCUUUGCAGGAAGCGAGGCGAGCCCUUACCCCGCUAGCCUCGGAGGAGAAACCGUUGCCUGAUCCAGGGCCUUCUGAGGCCUCAGAAAACUCACAGCCAAACCUGUCAGUUGCCUCUGUUUUGCAGUCUCCAAAUUCCAGGUUUGGGGAAGAUGCAAAAGAAGAAACAGCUUGCUUAUCAAUAAGGAAAGAUCUCUCGGAAGGUUUAGGAAUAAAAUGGCCGGAGAAGAAAUCAGGUUCCAGCCCAGAGAUCCAGGAUUCAAGUAUGGGAAUGCGACACCUGGAAGAUCACCAGCCAGCAAUUUUCCAGAAUCGUCCGGUGACUUCUCAGAAUAUCCCAGGCAUUUCUUCUGGUGUCCCAUUGCCAAAUGGGAUGGACAACCAGAUUCAGAUGGAAGAUGUGGAGAAGCAUUCUACAGGUUGGGGCCAGGAUGAAAUCCAACGUGGACUACCUCCUAAUCUUGAGGAUAGAUGUCCAAUUACUCCUGCAUCAGCAGCCCAAGGAACCCAUUUUCAGGGUAGACCCAUGGAUGAGUUGGACCAAGUUGCUCCUUGGACCGAAGGCACGAGAGGAGAAGAGCCAGAAGAAGCCCCUAAGAUAUUGAGAGACAAUACACCCAGACUCCAAAUGCAUUUAGUUCCCGAGAGGAAGAGAUCAUCUGAAGCAAUAGAAAAGUCACGACCGAUCUCAGAAGUUGCCACAACAACCCCAGAUCUUUCUCAAGUUCUUUCAGAGGGUCCUUCUCCAGCUUCAACAGUGGCAAUGCCUCCUAUGCCUCAUGAUUCCCAAGAACCAGCUCCGCUUUCUCCGGUCAAGGAAGACCUUGUUGAGAGGAACCAAUCCGUAGCCCACUUGCUAAAAGAUAUUAAGAGAGAAACAGAACCCCGGGAACCUGGUAAUAUGGUGGCUUCAGAAGAACCAGGCCAACAGGUCACCAGGAUUGAAACCAAGGAGGUCUGUGUGCAGAAAGAAUUCCUGGUUCCUCCAAGGAGUAAAAAAGAUAAGCAAGAGUCUAAAACGUACACCAAGAAGACAGAGGUUAGAGAGAAGGAAAAGGACAAGAUAGCUUCUGAUGUUCUUCUAAGAGAGAAUUCUCGUCCUCCUGAGCCUGCAGCGGAGGAGAAUCGAACAGUGGAGAAAGAACAGAACAGCGACCUUGUUUCUUCUUUGAAAAAUUAUUUGCUUUUGCUCUUGAAGAUGACCUCUGAGUCAGACAAAGGCAAAGCCAGAAGCCUCAAGCCAGAAGCCAAGAUGAUGGAGGAGAAGACUCCACUAAGCGCCAUUCCGAAACAUCUGCCAGAUGUGGGCAUUGCGGGAUUAACCCCCAGGACUUCCAGGAAGAUCUUCGAACAGGUGGAGACCGCUCAACUUUUCCAAAGCGCCGAGAACUUGCAACUGACUCCCAAAACGUCUAGGAAACUCACGGGAAUGAUCAACCAAGAACUGCUCGCCUGCCAGAAGAACCUAAACGUUGAACUGGAGAUCCCUCCUUUACCCUGCGUUCCCUCGAUUGUGGUAGGGAGCAUUGGAGGAGAACCAGAAGGUCUCCCCAAUCUUCCCUCUUCCGAGAUGGUUAGUGAGACCCCAGCCGCUCUGCCAAGCGCCACCCCUGAGGAGCUGGCCUCUGGAGCCCGUCGGAAGAUCUUUCUACACAAAACCAAGCCAGCUGAUGAGAUGGAAGAAGGGGCCCUGGAGAGCCAGCCACGGCCCAAAAGGGACAGUCCCAGUGUGUCUCCACAGCAGGGCCGCAAGAGCCAGGCUCUCUUGCAGACCUCGGCCCCGGGUUCUCCUCCUGCGGAGAAGCGCUCCCCAAGCUUUGCCAGGAAGAUGGCAACUCUGGAAGUUCCCAAGAUGUAUCAGGAGCCAGCGGAAGAAAGCAAAAAGGAGGAUGACAGCUCCCCGUUGGCUCCAGAGAGUGUAGAAGAAAGUGUGCCCAAGAUAGGAGAACCUAGGAAAACAAACGAUCCAUUUAAAGGAGAUUUAAUUCUCACAAAGCAUCAUAAAGAAGCUUUUGGAGUUUGGGUGACAGGAGAAUUCUAA